AUGUCAAGCACUGCUGUCAAAAGGGCCAAAGUCACAUUGCCUAUGAACACGCCAGAAUACACAUCCAUUACCGCUACAAUGCCUUGCACUCAUAGCCUUGGAGAUAACGAUUCAGAUGUAUCUUCUUGGCUCUACGUUCCUCCUUUGACUGCAUCCAAUGCAUUCAACACAUUGCCAGCUACUUUAAAUGAGAAUGCCGACUUCUGGGGGUCGCCUUCAGACAACUGCGACGCGCCUAUGAUGAAUCCAGAUGAUAUUUACUACACAAUGACAGGCGAAAUGGAUGAACCGUGGUCGGAUCUUUUAAGUUCUGAGUGGCAAUUGGAUGCUGCUGACACACCGAAUGCCGUGGAAUUGCCUAGUCCUGUUGAAUCACCACAAUCGAGUGCAGCGCAGAGAAAACCACAUCUACCGAUAAGGAGAAUUCAUUCAGUUCUCUUACUGUCAGAGAUCAAUCUUCAGCUUCACAAAAUACAAAUUCCGAAAACCCCGCAAUGCAGCAAAUGGAAAACCAGUCUAGAUUGCACAAUCCAAACAGCGCAGUCUUUCAUACAAGCAUUAAGCAAGCUAAUUCCCGAUACCAAUAGCACCUGCAAACCACCCGGUCCUAGUAAGUUGCAGACGUCUCGACCUGCCAUCUUCAAUAUUUCGGGGACGCCAAAAGAGGACUCCAAGUUAUCCAGCCUAGACUGGGCAAUUCGUGGAUUGCAAAAGGAACCUUUACAGGCCCCAUUUAAUAAACAGAUUGAUAAUAUAGUAGCGCACCUGGCGCUUAUCUGUUAUGCUCAAAUAAUUCGUUGCUACAAAAGCCUGACAAUCAUGUUGUCAGACACUCUCGUAUGGGUAGAGGCAAAUCCGGACGACCAGCCCUACUUAUUACCAAUUCGGAUAGGAAUAUUGGAGGCAUCAGUCAGUCCAUGUCUACAUAUCGCGAUGCUCGUGCAACUUAUAUCUCACCAUGUUGAUGAGCUCUCAGAGAAGAUCCGUCGACUAAAAACAUUAAUGACUGAUGAUAAAUCUCAGGAUGAGGCAGUGGAGCAUUCGUUUAGUGAUAUGAUCGGAGUCGACACUCACCAUGAGGUAGAAGACCUGAGGGACGGUUUGGAAUUUGUGAUGGAUAAAUUAAGAUCACGGUCCUAG